AUGUUUGGUGUCACGGUUGUGUGUGUGCCGUGCUUUCGGUGUCUGCUCCCCUUUUUUCCAUUGUGGCUGGGCAAUACACCGCACUCACAAUCGUCGCUGCACCGCGCCCCGUUGCCCAUCUCCCCGUUUUUUCUCUCCCACAAGGACGCAAUAAGGAUGCAAUUCUCAGACAAAUGGAUGGCCUCGGUUGCCGGUGUCUGGUUUCUCCUGGUGCUGUUUGCAGUUUCUCGCAUUCAAGAGAUCGAAACCAACGUUGGUGCCUACUUGGAGGAUGACUUCACCGCCAACUCUUCCCAGCAGCCCCAGUUACUCCCCCGUACCACUGACGGGGAGGCACUGCGAUACGUUCCCCGCGAUGUCGUGGACGCGUGGAAGAAGCGAGACUUUCUCAUUGUUCUUGGUGUUCUUUCUGUGGAUGUGGAGGCGAGGCAGCGGCGCCGCCACCUGCAGCGGUCGACGUGCUGGCGGUUCCCCGGAGUGGCGACGAGGGCGAACAGCUUCACCGGUGCGAUGCUCGUGCUGUACGUCCUUGCGCGGCACCCGUCGCACGGCUACAACUACUCUGCCGCGCUGCUGGAGGAGGCGGCGCAGUGGCACGACGUCAUUACAACCUCCAUUGAUGAGGGCCGUGUGACGACGAACAAAACCGUUGCUGGCUCCGGCUUUUGGGGCCGGGAGGCUGAGAUUGGCAUGAGCCGCAAGACAUACUUUUUGUUUGACUUUGCCUUGCGUCUGUUCCCCACGGUCCCGUACAUUGCGAAGGGUGACGACGACAUGUUCCUUCGCGUGCCGCAGUACCUUGCCGACCUGCGCACACUCCCGCGUCACAAGACAUACUGGGGUGUUUUUAUUGUACAUCGUCCUGGUGAUCGCUUUAAGUUUAUGAAUGGAUUUUGUGCGACGCUUGCGAGGGACGUGGCGGAGAAGUUUGUGUCGUACAAGCCGUUGCAGCGUCUGGUGCGUUUGCCGUACAGCAAGGAGAGGGAACCGGAGUUUCUGAGCCUGAACAUGGAUCACGAGGAUGUGAUGGUUGGCCGUGCUCUGCACGAGAUGCGGUACAAGGACGUGGCCUUCUUUUCUGAAGGGCCAUGCCGCUUUCAUGACGUGCACGAAGGCUUUAGGGUAAGGAAUGUCACUGAGAGUUCUGUUGUUGUGCACCAUGUUUGGGAGAGUGAAUACGAAACAUUGAUGCAGCGAUUUGGGAAUGACACUUCUCCUGCGUCCAAGCGUUUCAGGUGUAGCAAAGGAAGAUACAUUUUUGAUUGUUGA